AUGAGCACCGGGCCCGGCCUGCCGGCACUGGGCGAGGCCGACCGCGAGCUGGUGGCCGAGCUCCAAGGCUUUGACGCACUGCCGCUUGUUCUGGAUCUUGCCGAUGCCGUGCCGUUGGCGUUGCGCCGUCACGCAGACUCGCAGCGGAUUCCGCUGGCCAUGGUCGAGGACGAGGUCCGUUGGUGGCGCGCCCUCGACGGUCUUGUCGCUCGCGCUGCGUCGAUCAACAGAGCGGCGGCGGCGGCGGCGGAUACGGCAGCCGCAGAGCGAUCGGGCUCCGAGCUGCAGCUGCUCCGCUCACGGCUGGAGAGUGCAGAGGCUGAUCGCGAGAGGGCGGUCGGCCACGUGGCCGAGUUGGAAGAGGCGCAUGCAGCCGAGCUAGCCGGGCUUCAGGCCCAGCUCCAGGUGGCGACCGCUGCCGCUGCUGAGGCCCGCAUCACCACAGAGCAGCUCAAGCUUGUGCGCAAGCGCGAAGCCGAGCUGCUGACUCAGGUGAAGGAAGCGGGCGUGGCUCGCGAUGCUGCUGAAGAGGCGGCGCGAAAGGCCAAGGUGGCGACGAGCUCGGCGCAGUCGGCGCUAGUUGAGCUGCAGAACGAGGCAUCCGAGCUCCGGACCAAGCUGGACGUGGCCGAGAGCAAGACUGCCCGUCAUGAGCGCGAGCUAGCCGCUGCGGCGCGGGUCAAACUCUCGCUCGAUGCCACGAACGCAUCGCUGUCUGCAGCGCACGACGAGACACGCGAGGCCCGCGACCAGGUUGCCCAUCUCGAGUCGGUCAUUGCCGAGCUCAACGAGACCAUCGAUCAGCAGCGGUCGGAGAUCCAUCACUUUCAGAUCAAAGAGUCACUGGCAUCGCAGGGCGCAGUGGCUGCGCCUGGCUCGCCAGCGGGCGAGUCGCUUGCGGUCGAGUCGAUGCGGGCGGCCGGCCUCGAGCCUGGAAUUGAGAUGGCUGUGUCACAGCUGGCUGCGAUGAAGACGGCACUCAGCACACUCUACGACGAGCUGUCAUGUGGGCGCGACGAUCCGUCGCAAAGUGUGCCGGCUCCCGACGACCCGUCAUUGCCGACGCUCAUCGAGGUUGUCGCGGCCGAGGCUGCUGGCCUCCUGGCGGACCACAAGCGGACCAAGGCACGGCUGGCCAAGGUGGAGCGGAUGGCCAAGGCUGCCGUCAAAAAGUACCGCAAGCUAGAAGCGGGUGCUAAGAGCAAUGCCGAGAGCGUUGCAGACAGUGGCGGUGGCGGCAGCGAAGCGCGUUUGGUGGCGCUUACCGCCGAGCUCAAGGCGACGCGCGAGCAAAAGGCUGCGGCCGAACAACAGGUGGUCAAGGUGCGGAAGCGGGCGCGGCUGUUGCUGGCCAAGCACAAGAAGAUGAGCAAACUGCGAGUGGCCAAGCUCAAGGCCCUGACCAAGGACAAGCUGAUGGCCCUCAAGUCGCAGAUGCAGACUAAGUUUGCGCUGGAGCAAGCGCAGGCGUCCGAGUCGGCUCCCAGAGUCCUCCCCGAUACUGUCAACGUCGGGGAAGAGGCUUGUGCAAACGAGUCGGCGUCACUGCGUGAGUUUACCAUCAAGGCGCGGCUGGAAAAGGCCAAGUACCAGCGAGCUUUGCAGACGGUCAACACCUUGCUGCAGAAUCGCAAAGCCGACGCCAUGGCAGCUGACGAGCGCGCAGCUGAGGCUGAGGCCGAGCUCAGUGCCGCACAGCGGGUGCACGCCCAGCUCGAGGCAUCACUCAAGUCUGCCGAGGGCAUGAAGAGCGCAUUGAUGCGCGACGUGGCGAGCAUGCGGACCGAGAACGCGGCAUUGUCGGCUCGGGCGGCAGAGAUGGAGGCCGACGCCGAGCGGUUGCGGGCGCUAGUAGCGACAACCGAGGAGAGCCACGCGGCCGAGAUCAAGGCGCUCGAGGCCAAGUGCAAGGAAGACGUGGCACGGGCGGCAAACUCGGCAACCAAGCCGCUUAGAGACCAGGUGACGAUGCUGAAAGAUCAGCUCGGUGCACGUGGGGCGCGGAUUCAGGCGUUGGAGCUUGCGCUGGCGUCCAAGGAGAAGGCGGCAGCGGCGUCGUCGGCGGCCGAGGCCACGCUCAAGUCGCAGGUUGCGAGCGCGCAGAGCGCGCGCCGCAAGGCGCGGGCAGCGGCGGCCAAGGCCGAUGAGCGGGCGAGUACAGCCGAGGCCGCGGCAGCCAAGGCCAAGAGCCAGAUCAAGAGCCUACAAGCCAAGGUCCACGCGCUUCAGUCGGUUGCAUCGGAGAGCAAGGCCAAGGAGCGGCUGCAGCGGCGGGUGGCUGGCCUCACGUCGAAAGAGACCAAGGCGCUGGAGACCGAGGUGGCGCUGUUGCGGCGGCGUGUUGCCGAGGCCGACGAGGCGCGGGCGCGGGCUGAGGCCGCCGCCGCCGAAAGCAGUGGCCUCGACGACAGCCUGUCGCUGUCGUCGACAAGCUCGUCGGCGCCUGACGCACAUGCGCUCAUGGCGCGCCUCAAGUCUACGCGCAGCUCAUUCCGAGCCAAGCUCAGGGUGACAACCGAAGCGCGUAACGCGGCCGAGGCGCAGUUGGCCAAGGUGACUCAACAGCGUGACGAUGCCGAGUCGCAGCUGCAGCACAUCGCGCUCAAGACCAAGAAGGUGCUCAUGGCGUACGCCGACCAGGUGGCCAAGCUCCGGGCCCGCCUCGCUGACGCUGGCCUUGAUGAUGAGCUGGACGGCGAGCCGUUGCCGCAUCAAUAG